AUGUCUGCUUUCAAUCCCUUCCGUUCCCGGAACCUGUCUCUCGCCCGUGUGAACCCGCUGCUUCCGAUAAGACGCGGUCCCAACAUCCGGGCCAUCGAGGCCUCUCCCCGCAACAUUGUGCUGAUGAGAUCAUACGAAACAGGUGGUUCUACACAGGGAAAUGCUGCCAUGACCCAGCCUCCCAUAAAUCUACCGCCAGAUCUCUUUACAAAGCCCGUUCACCCGCUACCCUCACAGCUACCCUCGCAACUGCCCAACGACUACCCCAGAAAAUCCGCUCUAUCGCUCGAGAUCGAGGACAACGAGUCGAGCUCCGACGACCAGGCUGCCGACCCGUUCAAUCCUGAUUCCUCGGUCAGCGACAAUGAUGAAGAUAAUGAUGAGAGUGAGAGCGAUCGGGGACAUCCUAGGAGCUUCGCUUCUCGAGACGAUCAUCCGCGAGGCAACUUCGGGUCCGCUCCACACCCAGCUCCAUCCGACGAUGGAUCGACUACAACGGCCACUUCCUUCUCCAAGACGUCUGCUACAAAUGUGCCAGUGACAGAAAAGGGUAGCCCGGAUACAGCUAGAGAAUUCCCAUCCUCGUCGGGUCGAUCGACAGGACACAAGUCCUCGGAAAAUGACGACAGCAGGAAUCCGGCGAAUCGUGCCAACAGAGAAAAGAAGCCACCACCUCCACCACGGAGCCACCAUGGCAAGCGGAUUAAACCACCAGCUUCAUCUUCUCAAAGCCAAUCGUCACGAUCAACCAAACGUUCUUCUUUUCACGCGUCUUCGCCGGAGAGCGUGACCUCCGUACAACCAUCUGGCACGCGCAAUGCCAAUGUCACCGCAUCUCACGCUCCAGCGUCUGACUACGUCCUGUCACUGGCGGAGAGUCAGCAAGCAAUGAGCUCUACCGAUUCUCUUCAGCGCAGCUCGUCGCAGAACAAGCAACCUCCAACGCCGCCCCUCAGUCGACGCCACAGCCAAAUGCGGCGGUCCAAGUCUACCCAGUCCAAGUCGAGCGGUAGUCGAUUGACCAUGUCGUCGCACGAUUCCGAAAGCAACGAUAGUUCGCAACCGCCCAGUCCAGGCUCUUUGACUCGGUUCCCUGCAGCGGCGAACAAGCGCGUCAGCAUGCCACCACCAUCCUCUGGGGAGAUUCGAGCCCCUGUCCCUGCGACGGGGACAUCAACCGAUGCACCUAUGCCACCCAGCAGUUCCCGGCCAACACCCCCACCACCGGGACGACGUGCAUCAUCUCACGGCAGUCCAGCAACUGGGUCUUCAUCUGGGGCUCCGCCGCCACCACCCCCUCGUCGAGCACGGGACUCGACCAUACGUAGCAGUGACAGCGGGGAAUCCCAGAUGAACCGAGUAGAGGCUCCGUUGCCUAAGCCCUCCAACGCGCACGACAUCUUAGCGGAUCUUUCACGGUUACAGAAAGAGGUGGAUGACCUGCGUGGGCAUUAUGAGAACCGGAAAGUGAGCCAGUAG